AUGCCGAUUUCGAGCAAUUGGUUAUUACUUACCGCAAAUAAGCAUAUAAUUAGGAUUUUUAAAGCAACGGUAAUUACGCAAUUUAAAACGCUGCUAAAACGAUUUAUACGAACGAAUAUUACGCGUUUGUAUUCGAAAUUUAACGCAAAAUAUGCAUCGAUUAUUGCAAUUAGUAAAACAACGUUUAAUAUUCGAAAAAACGUUGGCGUUUUUAUGCUUGGGCAAAAAAAACCCUGGAUAAAUUCUUUACGGCAAACAAUUACCCGUUUAAUUCCAUUUUCGAUAGUAACGAAAAGGAUAACAAUAAGUAAUUAA